AGAAGAUGGAGGCUGUACCUGCAGGAGAAGAUGCCUGGGGACCUGGGAUCUUCGCUGGAGCCUGCUGGAUCCUUGCUCUGGAUUUCCAGUCUCAUUGUUCUUUAAAAGGAAGAUUACAGCUUAUUUGUUUAAUUCCUGGGCCUACUCACUGUCACCUCAGCAGGCAGAGCAAUGGGGAUUGGAUCGGAGCCUAUAUUUAUUCUUACCUGUCCCUGAAUCUAGCCAGGCCCCCUGAUGAAGUAUCUGUGAAAUGUAUGUUGGGAGCAAUGCACAGCAAUUUCAUGACGAACCCUCGCCUGGAAAUAAUUAAGAGUGUUGAAUUUGGAAAAGUCGUGCUCAAUUUCCAUUAUGGGAUGAGCCUCAGAGAGCAGGAAAACUCAUGCAGGGGCAAGGCCUUUUCAUCUCCCGUCUGCAGAUACAUUACUUUAACAUUGAGAAUUGUUCCUGGUUCAUUUGGUAGAAGACAGAAAGAUGGAGAGACAGAAGAACUCAAACCCCAUGACUUCACUCGCCUUCACUUGCCUAAAGUCAGUCACCGCUCCCGUGCUAGACCUGAUCCAGAGAAACCCUUUGCUUUGGAGGUAGAUGCUUCAUCCGUAGGAGCCGGUGCCAUUCUUACCCAGAAAAAUUCCAAGGGCAAGGCUGUAACCUGUGGUUUCUUUUCUAAGACUUUCUCGCCUGAAGAGAGGAACUACUGUAUUGGAGAUCGAGAACUCCUUGCUAUUAAGCUUGCCUUGGAAGAGUGGUGA